AUGGUUUCUCUCCUCACUUCACAGACAGGGUUUCUCUCCUCACUUCACAGACAGGGUUUCUCUCCUCACUUCACAGACAGGGUUUCUCUCCUCACUUCACAGACAGGGUUUCUCUCCUCACUUCACAGACAGGGUUUCUCUCCUCACUUCACAGACAGGGUUGCUCUCCUCACUUCACAGACAGGGUUUCUCUCCUCACUGUACAGACAGGGUUUCUCUCCUCACUUCACAGACAGGGUUUCUCUCCUCACUGUACAGACAGGGUUUCUCUCCUCACUUCACAGACAGGGUUUCUCUCCUCACUUCACAGAGAGGGUUUCGCUCCUCACUUCACAGACAGGGUUUCUCUCCUCACUUCACAGAGAGGGUCUCUCUCCUCACUUCACAGACAGGGUCUCUCUCCUCACUUCACAGACAGGGUUUCUCUCCUCACUUCACAGACAGGGUUUCUUUCCUCACUUCACAGACAGGGUUUCUCACCUCACUUCACAGACAGGGUUUCUCUCCUCACUUCACAGACAGGGUUUCUCUCCUCACUUCACAGACAGGGUUUCUCUCCUCACUUCACAGACAGGGUUUCUCUCCUCACUUCACAGACAGGGUUUCUCUCCUCACUUCACAGACAGGGUUUCUCACCUCACUUCACAGACAGGGUCUCUCUCCUCACUUCACAGACAGGGUUUCUCUCCUCACUUCACAGACAGGGUUUCUCUCCUCACUUCACAGACAGGGUUUCUCUCCUCACUGUACAGACAGGGUUUCUCACCUCACUUCACAGACAGGGUUUCUCUCCUCACUUCACAGACAGGGUUUCUCUCCUCACUGUACAGACAAGGUUUCUCUCCUCACUUCACAGACAUGGUUUCUCUCCUCACUUCACAGACAGGGUUUCUCUCCUCACUUCACAGACAGGGUUUCUCUCCUCACUUCACAGACAGGGUUUCUAUCCUCACUUCACAGACAUGGUUUCUCUCCUCACUUCACAGACAGGGUUUCUCUCCUCACUUCACAGACAGGGUUUCUCUCCUCACUUCACAGACAGGGUUUCUCUCCUCACUUCACAGACAGGGUUUCUCUCCUCACUUCACAGACAGGGUUUCUCUCCUCACUGUACAGACAGGGUUGCUCUCCUCACUUCACAGACAGGGUUUCUCUCCUCACUGUACAGACAGGGUUUCUCUCCUCACUUCACAGACAGGGUUUCUCUCCUCACUGUACAGACAGGGUUUCUCACCUCACUUUACAGACAGGGUUUCUCUCCUCACUUCACAGACAGGGUUUCUCUCCUCACUUCACAGACAGGGUUUCUCACCUCACUUUACAGACAGGGUUUCUCUCCUCACUUCACAGACAGGGUUUCUCUCCUCACUUCACAGACAGGGUUUCUCACCUCACUUCACAGACAGGGUCUCUCUCCUCACUUCACAGACAGGGUUUCUCUCCUCACUUCACAGACAGGGUUUCUCUCCUCACUUCACAGACAGGGUUUCUCACCUCACUUCACAGACAGGGUUUCUCACCUCACUUCACAGACAGGGUUUCUCACCUCACUUCACAGACAGGGUUUCUCACCUCACUUCACAGACAGGGUUUCUCACCUCACUUCACAGACAGGGUUUCUCACCUCACUGUACAGACAGGGUUUCUCACCUCACUUUACAGACAGGGUUUCUCUCCUCACUUCACAGACAGGGUUUCUCUCCUCACUUCAAACAUACAGUCUGCUGUAAGCUUUAA